AGGGAGUGAAGCGCUCCCCUUUCCAAAUAACGACAAAGAGGCUUCCCAAGAAAACCCACAAACAAAUACCCAAAAAAGCACAAAAUGCUGGGCGAGCCGAUUAGUCGACCACGAAGCCCCAAAUUUCUCUAGCACAGAAAAUCAAAUAGAAAGUGGAAACCCUGUCCUCUAAUUUCAAAGCCCGUUUGUUUACAGGAGACGACGGGUGAUAGCCGGUGAACCGGCGGGCAGAAGCCGGUAACUAAUAAGAGGGGCAGAGAGGAGAGCCGAGGCGCCGUACCGAUGGGGGCACAUGGGUGGCCGUUGCCUGUUCCCAUUCUUCGGCCUGGCCACGGGCAUGGCGGUUGGGUAAUGCAUUUAUAGUGUGUGUGUGUGAGUGAGUGUGAUGAGAGUGAGAGUGUUGCUCUUCCUUCUCUCUUCUCUUCCUCCCAUCUUUUUCCAAAAACAUUCUCUCUCUCAUCCUUCCUCUUCGAUUCCUGUGCUCCUCUCUCUCUUCUUUUCUGCCGGUUCAAAUUCCUCUCAUUCUCUCUCCUACUCCGUCGACGACGAUCCGGCAAUCUCCGUCCAACUGAGGCCAUUGAUAUUUUAGUAGAGUUCUUUCUAGCUUGGUACAUGUAAUCAAGAGGCUUCAUCCAAUUGCUUCUUCUGGCUCUGCACCCAACUCACUUCACUCCACUCCACUCCACUCCACUCUGACUGCAGCUCGGAAUUUUUGUAACUUGAGCGCAGCUGACAGUUAGCAAUUACCCAUCAGAGCUAUUCAAGAUUGCUGGAUUAGGGUUCUUCUGGGGAAGUGGAGGGAUUAAGUGGCGGGCUGGAUUGUUGUGAGUCUGGCAGUGGGGUGGUGGUUAGAGAGAGGAGUGAAAGAAAGAAGAAGGAUGUUGGAGACCAGUGAGUUUUGCUCUGCUCACAUGCUGUCACCUUUUAGAGACGAGAGUGGCGAUGAAGAGCUCACCGUUCUGCCCAGGAACACAAAGGUCGUCGUCACGGGAAACAACAGAACAAAGUCUGUUCUUGUGGGCUUACAAGGCGUGGUCAAGAAAGCUGUUGGCCUUGGAGGCUGGCAUUGGCUGGUCUUGAAAAAUGGGGUUGAAGUGAAGCUGCAAAGGAAUGCGCUUAGCGUACUGGAACAUCCGACGGGGAAUGAAGUGAAAGAUGAAGAAGAAUUUGAUCUCUAUACCAGCAGUGGCUCUGACAUUGGUGAAAAGGACCAUGAUUUCUAUAAUGGCAGCCAGUUCCACAGAUUCAGCAAGCCUAGAGCUCGUCCAGUAGCGAAGCCAUCCUCCUGCUAUCCACCUGCUGUUCCAGCAGCUAAGCCGGUGAAUUGCAUCAGUUUUAGGGAUGUUAAGCCAAUUAUCCAUACAUCUCAGAGAAAAGUGAACUUGGUGAAACUAGGGAAGGACUCAUUGUGGAGAUAUUGCAAGCAUUACAAGCUAGCUGGCAUCAACAUUGAUUCACCGAGGGAACAGAUGCUCGCUGUUGUGCAACAGCAUUUCACGUCAAUGCAGCGACUUAACGAGAAGGAAGUGAUCAUGGGGUUUGUCAUGCACGCAGCAAAGAGACCGAAACAGUUCGCGAUACCACCAACAGCAAAGUGAAGCGAGAGACGGAACCCGUGUUGGAAGGCUACUACUACUCAGUGUAAAUAUUAGGAGAGAGAUAAUAACCCUAACCAUCUUUUUUAGAUCUGCUCUAAUUACAUAUGCAUAUGCUGAUGAUGUCCGGGAGAUGACCCUUUCCUUUGUUUUCUCCCCGGAUUCUAACACUGGCCAAUUUGGUUUCCCUCCUUUGCCUUUCACCUCCCAGGUCGGCCGUUGGAACUCUAGGUGUUUAACAUUCAUAGGGUUUGUGAAGAAACAUGGCACUGCAGUGCAAAAGCUGUUAUCUGGCUGUAGAUAUUUUGUUGAUACGAUGAAAUUAGUUUUCUUGGUAUGACAUUGUUCACUUACAAUUCUUCAAACAGUUAAUGAUGGCGACAGAUCUGUCCGUUUCAAUCUAUCAUUCCUCCUUGUAGUUGGAUCUGAAACCUCUUGUAUUUCGAUUCAUUACAAUGUUGAACUGGAUGCAAAGAUUACUC